ACGUUCCCCUAUUAAACCGACCUAAUCCCUCUCUGCCCCUGCUUAGAUAAAUAACUGUACAAUAUCUUCUUCCUCAUUUGUCUUCUAAUAUUUUUCUUGGCGCUCUAUCGGCUUACGUAAUACCAAUUCCUCAAACCCUAAUUUUCGAUUUCUUGAAGCUUUCUGUGCCUUUGUUCUGAGAAGAGAUGGCUCGUACAAAGCAAACUGCCCGCAAAUCCACUGGAGGAAAGGCUCCAAGGAAGCAGCUCGCCACCAAGGCUGCGAGAAAAUCGGCUCCUACCACCGGUGGAGUCAAGAAACCUCACCGAUACCGCCCUGGAACUGUUGCUCUUCGUGAAAUUAGGAAAUACCAGAAGAGCACUGAGCUAUUGAUCCGCAAGUUGCCCUUCCAGCGUCUUGUUCGUGAAAUCGCUCAGGACUUCAAGACUGAUCUGAGGUUCCAAAGCCAUGCUGUUCUGGCGCUUCAAGAGGCUGCUGAGGCUUAUCUUGUUGGGCUUUUCGAGGACACCAACCUGUGCGCCAUCCACGCCAAGAGGGUCACCAUUAUGCCCAAGGACAUUCAGCUGGCCAGGCGUAUCCGUGGAGAACGUGCUUAAAUCCUUUAGUAAAGUCUUUUGAUGGUUUUCAUAGUUCUUAGAUUGAUAUAGGUCGUGGCAUUUUAUUCCUUGGAUGUAUAGAUUUCUCAAUAGUUGGAACUUGUGUCCUUGAUAGGAGGAUUAUUGUUUUGGAACCUAUUUCUAAUACGAUGAAGCCAAAUCCUAAUUGGUGAUUAAUCCAAGUCUUGUUUUAGCGAUCUAAUUGCUUAUGGGUGCGUUUGCUUUUAAAAUGAUAAUGAUUUGUGUUCUGUA